GUUUGAAUGAAUCCGUCCACCCCCAGUAUGCGGAACUCUCCAUACGGAUGAGGAUGAAGAGGAGGAUGUUUUGAAGGCAGGUUGGAGCUGACCAAGGAGAGGCGGACACGCACUUUGCAUCAUUUUUAACGAUGGCGAAAAGGCGGAAUUUACGGUCCACGCCUGUUACUUAUGUUUUUAACUUCCACACGACGCUGUGAGAGGAAGAAGCCGACUCCUCCGCUCGCUCUUUGGCCGAGAAGGACAUCUACCCAGGCCGUCACCGCCACCAGCAGCAGCUGGCGUCUCAGCGACGGUAGCAGCUAGCCGGCUAAUGUCAGCAAGUCGGACCAAGUCAUUCUGGAAUCCUAAUAAUGGUUCUAAAAACACAGUAUUUUGCAACGCUAAUGAAGUUUCCUGCCUGUGAUUGAAAUCCACCACUGUAUAAUGUCCCGGAUGUCGUGAAAUUGAAGACGUGUUUGAUCCAACAUGGAGAAAAAGAAGAUGUGCCCACGACUCCUGGACUACUUGGUGGUGGUUGGUGCAAGGCAACCCAGUAGUGAUAGCGUGGCCCAGACACCUCAGCUCCUCCGCCGAUACCCACUGGAGGACCACCAGGACUUUCCACUCCCACCAGAUGUGGUGUUCUUUUGCCAACCAGAAGGCUGCCUGAGCAUACGCCAGCGUAGGGUUAGCCUUCGUGACGACUCCUCAUUUGUUUUCACACUGACUGACAAAGACUCAGGAAUUACUCGCUAUGGAAUCUGUGUCAACUUCUACCGAUCAUUUCAGCGUGGGCAUCACCGUUCCCGUGCAGACAAGAGUGGUCAUGCAGAGACGGCAACACAAGGGGGGGACGUUUCAAGUGAGGGGACUGAAGGUAGCGGUGGGGACCAGUCUUGUGUUAUAUCACCGCCCAGCAAAGCUGAGUCAGCUCCUCAGCCUGCUUCCGGAGAUGAAAUUGAACAACAAAGCACUGAGCAAAAUACUGGGAAAGCUGCACAGCUCAGACGAAAUGCAGCUAAAAUGGCUGCCAGGAAUCGCAACAGUACGCUGACCUCACUAUGCAUACUCAGUCACUACCCCUUCUUCUCCACCUUCAGGGAAUGUCUGUAUAUUCUCAAACGGAUGGUGGACUGCUGCAGUCAGAAGUUAACACAGCGUGCUGGACUUCCUCGCACUUUCCAAAGGGACACCAUGUGGCGAGUGUUCACUGGGGCCCUCUCAGUGGAAGAGAAGAGUAGCCAGCUGCUGGCUGACCUGCGGGAUAUUGAAUCCUGGAUAUACCGGUUGCAACGUUCACCCGUGCCAGUGGCAGGUCAGAGGCGUGUGGAUGUGGAAGUUCUGCCCCACGACAUCAAACGACCUCUCACCUUUGCCCUGCCUGACAACUCCCGCUUCUCAAUGGUUGAUUUUCCAUUGCACCUGCCUUUGGAGUUGCUGGGCGUGGAUGCGUGUCUUCAGGUUCUUGCCUGCGUCCUGCUCGAGCACAAGGUUAUCCUUCAAUCUCGGGAUUACAAUGCUUUAUCCAUGAGUGUAAUGGCAUUUGUGGCCAUGAUCUACCCUCUGGAGUACAUGUUCCCUGUCAUCCCCCUAUUGCCAACAUGCAUGACCUCAGCUGAACAGCUCCUUCUUGCCCCUACACCCUAUAUAAUUGGUGUACCAGCCAGUUUCUUUCUUUACAAAUCGGACUUCAAAAUUCCAGAUGAUGUGUGGCUUGUGGAUCUGGACAGCAGCAAGGUUAUAGCACCUACAAAUGCAGAGAUUCUGCCACCUCUUCCAGAGCCAGAAGCUGGCGAGCUUAAGAAGCAUCUGAAGCAGGCUUUGGCGAGCAUGAGUUUGAACACCCAGCCCAUUUUAAACCUGGAGAAGUUCCAGGAAGGGCAGGAAAUGCCUCUGCUUCCUCCUGGACGUGAUAAAGCUUCGCCAUCAUCCACAGAGUUCAACCCCCUCAUUUAUGGCAAUGAUGUUGAUUCUGUGGAUGUAGCCACAAGGGUGGCGAUGGUCCGGUUCUUCAAUUCCCAAAAUGUUCUCCAUGGUUUUCAAAUGCACACCAGGACUUUGCGCCUCUUUCCACGCCCUGUGGUGGCUUUUCAGUCAUCAUCUUUUCUUGCAUCUCGACCGAGGCGCUCCGCUUUUGCAGAUAAGCUUUCCCACACACAAGCUGUGGAGUUCUAUGGAGAGUGGGCUCUUAAUCCGACGAACCUUGCGUUUCAGAGGAUACAUAACAAUGUGUUUGACCCAUCUUUAAUUGGUGACAAACCCAAGUGGUAUGCUCACCAGCUUCAGCCAGUCGUUUACAGAGUGUUUGAUGGGAGCUCCCAGCUGGUUGAGGCCAUGGCAAGUCCAUUUGAGGAUGAGAGCAAUGACUCUGACCCUACAGACAGUGGUAGUGACAGCGAGGCAUAUGAUGACUCAAGCUCAUCCUAUUCCUCACUUGGAGACCUUGUAAGUGAGAUGAUUCAAGGAGAUAUUCAGGGUAACACACCAAGCCUUGAACCACAUACACAUGCUGCUCUGGGAGAUGCAAGUGAGGUGGAGUUUCAAGAUUUCCAGGACUUCAGAGAAGGACACGGCCCGGGGAGUUCAUCUAGCGGGGAAGGUCCUGCAGAGCAAUCAGAUGGACAACCCCAUCGCUCAAGCUCCAGCACAACUGCAAGCUCCAGCCCUAGCACAAUCAUCCAGGGAGUCAACCAUGACCACGGGGAAGCGCCUGAUAGCGAGGCAUCAGCCGUUUCCGCCCCACCGCAGCCUGUCCCAGCAGUUGGCGGCCAGCCACUUCUCAGAUCGACAGCUGACGCUUGCUUGGCGGAUCCGGCAAUAAGAAAAAGAGAGUAUGACAACCCCUAUUUUGAGCCUCAGUAUGGCUUCCCCUCUGAAGAUGAUCCUGAUGCAGAAGAACAAGUGGAGUCAUACACCCCUCGAUUCAACCAGAACCUCAAUGGCAACAAGGCUCAGCGUCCUUCACGUCCCAGUAGUCUGAGGCUCCCUGGGGAGUCUGAUGGAGAAGGGGAUUCCCAUAACAGCUCACCAAACUCAACCAUUUCCAACAGCAGCAAUGAUGGAUUUGGAGGACUCAUGUCCUUUGCUAGUAAUCUUUACAAAAAUCAUGGCACCAGCUUUAGUCUGUCCCAUCUUGCUCUACCCAACAAAGCUGCGAGAGAAAAGUCAACACCUUUCCCCAGCCUCAAAGACUAUUUAAGUUUUGAUAUUGAGGAGGAGACGGACCAAGCAGAUGCGCCUGACAGCCCGGGUGCACGUGCACCCCGAGCACUUGUGGAUCAGAAGUCGUCUGUCAUCAAGCACAGCCCAACAGUGAAGAGAGAGUCGCCAUCUCCUCAGGGUGGCAACAACACAAGUGAAAACCAGCAGUUCUUAAAGGAGGUUGUACAGAGUGUUCUGGAUGGACAAGGAGUUGGUUGGCUCAACAUGAAAAAAGUGCGCCGCCUGCUGGAGAAUGAGCAGCUUCGCGUCUUUGUUCUGAGUAAACUGAAUAGAGCCACCCAGUCAGAGGAAGAUUCCAGACAGGAGAUCAUACGUGAUGUGGAGGUGAGCAGGAAGGUGUACAAGGGCAUGCUGGACAUCUUGAAGUGUACUGUGUCCAGUUUGGAGCAUUCCUACACAAAUGCGGGCCUGGGAGGAAUGGCGAGUGUCUUCAGCGUAUUGGAGAUAGCGCGCACACAUUAUCAGACCAAAGACCCUGAAAAGCGCAAACGAAGCCCCACAGACAGUGCUGGCAGCCCAGGGAGUAAAGAGAGUCCCUCUGGUCGUAUGGAGGCUACCAAACCUCAAGGUCUUCUGAACAUUCCACAUCUGCAGCUGCCGCAUCACACAACGGGCAGAGGAGCGCGCCAUUUUGACACCAGGAGUCUGAAUGAAGAAAACUUUAUUGCCUCGAUUGAAUUGUGGAGCAAGCACCAGGAUAAGCAAAAAUCUAUGGAAAAACCACAGAGAGUUGAAGGAGCAAAGCAGCAGCGCCCUCCGGUGACCGAUACUGAGGAGAAGAAAUCACAGAUCAGCGCUGAUAGUGGACUCAGUGUUACAUCUGCAUCUCAGAAGAGUGACUCAGAGUCUGUAACAAGUUCAGAACCUCCCAUCUUAACGAGAAGUACCAGUCAAGACUCUGAGGCGAGCACAGUGAUAAGCAAUAGCUCUGGGGAGACUCUUGGUGCUGACAGUGACUUGAGCAGCACAGCGGGAGAUGGCCUGGGUGGGAGAAGUGCUCUACAUUUAGCCCAGUCCAGAGGGACCCUCUCUGACAGCGAGAUCGAAACCAACCCUGCCACCAGCUCAGUCUUUGGAAAAACACACACGCUAAAACCAGGGGCAAAAGAACAUGCAUCAGCAAUGGCAAAGGGGAUUCCCGUUCAGCCUAUGGAGGAUAUCAGUAUGAGGAUCUACCUUUGUGAAGGCCUGCUUGGCCGUGAUAAGAACUCCGUUUGGGAUCAACUAGAGGAUGCUGCCAUGGAAACCUUUUCCCUAAGUAAAGAGCGCUCCACGCUUUGGGACCAGGUGCAGUUUUGGGAGGAUGCCUUCUUAGAUGCUGUCAUGUUAGAGCGUGAGGGGAUGGGAUUGGACCAAGGACCUCAAGAAAUGAUUGAAAGAUACCUGUCCUUGGGAGAACAUGACCGCAAGCGUCUGGAGGACGAUGAGGACAAACUGCUGGCAACCUUGCUGCACAACAUGAUCGCAUACAUGCUAAUGAUGAAAGUGAACAAAAAUGACAUCAGGAAGAAAGUGAGGCGUUUGAUGGGCAAGUCCCACAUUGGCCUUACUUACAGCCAAGAGAUCAAUGAGCUGCUGGACAAAUUGGCCCAAAUGAACGGCCGUGAGCUGUCUAUCAGGGCCUGUGGGAGCCGUCAUAUCAAGAAGCAAACCUUUGUUGUACAUGCUGGUACUGAUACAACUGGGGAUAUUUUUUUCAUGGAGGUAUGUGAUGACUGCAUCGUCCUGCGUAGCAACAUUGGCACAGUGUAUGAACGCUGGUGGUACGAAAAGCUCAUCAACAUGACUUACUGCCCCAAGACCAAGGUUUUAUGUCUCUGGAGACGCAACGGCCAAGAGACACAACUCAAUAAGUUCUAUACCAAAAAGUGUCGAGAACUCUACUACUGUGUUAAAGACAGUAUGGAAAGAGCUGCAGCCAGACAGCAAAGCUCAAAACCAGGUCCAGAGCUGGGGGGAGAGUUCCCUGUCCAGGACAUGAAAACCGGUGAGGGAGGAUUGCUGCAAGUCACUCUAGAGGGAAUCAACCUGAAAUUCAUGCACAGUCAGGUUUUCAUAGAGCUGAGUCACAUAAAAAAGUGCAAUACAGUGAAGGGAGUCUUUGUCCUGGAGGAAUUUGUUCCUGAAACUAAAGAAGUGGUGAUCCACAAGUACAAGACCCCCAUGGCACAUCAGAUCUGCUACUCAGUCCUCUGCCUUUUCUCCUACGUGGCAGCUGUGAAGGGGAAGGAAGCGGACGGAAAAGCCAAGAUUCUAUCGCCAAGGCCCCUCCCUAGCUAGUGUACCCCCCCCCCGCCCCCCUUUCUCUCCAUGUGCCUCUACUAGAGGUGGCGUCACAGUUCAAACACCGGACCAUCCGACCCCUCAGCGACAUGGAAGCACACGCGGCGUGUAAAUAAGCGGCCUCCGUGUCGGUGUUUGACUGUAGCGUGUGAUGUCGUGUAAAUACUUGAUGCUGUUCUUCACUGUCGUUUAGCACAACACCCCCACCCCACCCCCACCCGCACCCCCCCCCCCCCCCCCCCCCAACCUCAGAUCCCAGGAAAUGUCAUCAUGUUGUUUCCUCCUCCAUUUGUGUCUUCUUGUAUUGUCUGGAAAAUGUUCUUUAAUAAUAAGAGAUGGAACCGAGUGCAUGCAGGUCCCAUGCACCCCCCCCCCCCCAUCCCCCCAUGAUGAUGUGCUUAGUUACUGUGACGUCGCUCUCUCUCCAAACCGCCUACACCUCCAGACUUGUCUUGUCGUGCUUAAACCGGAAUUACGAACCUCGUCUGUGCUCUGCUGUUAAUCAUGUUUAGCAUGAUUCCUAAAUAAAUAUUAAUAUAUAUAUAUAUAUAUAUAUAUAUAUAUAGUUGCUGUAUAGUUGGUAAAAAAGUAAUAACUAUUGAAUUGCUUGGUGUGCAAUACUGAGUAGUUCCAGCCAGCUUCCUGUCACAGCUUUCACAGGGUUUCUUUAUAUCGGGACAUAAAUGAGACGUGAUAUCCUAAAAGUGUGAAUAAAGUACAGAAAAGUGAUGAGGACAUACUAGCACUUGAGUAGUACUAUUAGUACUACUAGUACCACUCAUUCAUUCAUUCAAUACUUUGCAGUCACUCAGACUGAUGAACCUGUCACAUUUUCUUCACAUGUCCUCAUGAUGGUUACAGCUGCGACAAGCUUGUACUUUUAAUCAUGUGACUAAUACGAAUAAGUAAGAAAUUGAAAUUUGGGGCAAAAACGCCACCUCCUAAAUGUGACGAGAACACCUGAAUCGUCUCCACUCAAUUGAAAUUGAAUGCGACAAAGCUUGUUGUGCUUGAAGUGGUCGUCUGUGGUCGUGUCGACUGGCUGCUGUGGUGUGAGAACGUAUGAAAGACCAGGUGGAAAUAUUCAUAGACUGUACAGCUUUAGCGAGAUGUAGAAUAAACUUGUCCAAACUGGAGUAGUGUGUCCUUCUCUGGUUGAAAGAUGACCAACUUUGGUUUAUUUUAGGUACAGUACAGUACAGUACAGUAUAGUACAGUGACAGUACUCUUUACAAAACGUCACUGAUUGACAAGAAGCAGCAGAAUCAAUGAAGACCAGGAGAAGAAAAAGGCACAAGAAGACUAACUUGCAAACAAUUAUUCAACAGUCUGUACAAAUAAAUAAGUCAACAGAAAGGAAAUGAAGUAUACUAACAGGAAAUAGUUACGGUGUCAGAAAUCAUUGGAUUUGAUUACUGGCCGUUGUAAAAACCCCACAGGACAAACAAUACUGUGCAAAAGUCUUAAGCCACUGAUAGAUACUUUGAAGUUUGUGUUAAAAGAGCGUAAAUGAGCGUAUGGGGCGUGGUCACAUGGGCACAGGUGGGUGUACCUGCUUACACACCCAGAGGCCAUGAAUGGCGGGCACUUGCUUGUGCUGAGGGUAGGAGAGAGGAAAGAGUGGAAGCAGUCAUUUUUGUUGACCGUUUGGGCGCACAUUGGUAUUGGUACAUAUAUUGGUACAUAUUUAUUAUAUAUAUAUAUAUAUAUUUGUAGUUAAUUCAUGUUCCUGACUCAGGUGUAAUUAACAAAACUCAGAAAAAUGCAACUGUCCAUCUGUUUGAUGGUCAGUAGGCUACUCCUUGGCUUAUUCACGGCAACAUAGUCAAAAUGUGCAACUCAUGAACAAACCAUCGGACCCACUGACUCUCAUUCCAUGAACUUGUUCACUGACUCAAUCCUCCAGCUAAAUGAAAAACAACAUCAAUUAGCAUCAAUUGGCACUGCCUGCCUCAAACCAUCUCUCAUUUCCUGUUUCCUGCCUAUGGCGAGUCAAAGGUACUCCGGAAAUCAGUAAAUUGACUCACCGGUGGGCGAAUACUCGUGUUUCACUGAAAUGUGAUUCAUGAAUGAAUCAUCAACUGAACAACAAUGCGAGUUAUAUAUUUUGUACAGUUAUAUUUAAAAUUGUAUUCCUGCUAUUUGCAUAAGAAGCCAAAAGGCUGCGAGAGAGAUUUGGGAUCAGGUCGCUAAAAUAAAACCUGAACAGCAGAUGGACUGUCAAUACAGGGGAUGUUGGUCUUUGAACACAACACUUUGACCUCCAUUACCUUUGGCUGGUAUGAUUAAACGUGGUUUCAGUUUCUGGACAUCCACUUGGUGAUGAAUGUAUCGAGUAAGACGUUUUUUUUUUCAGUGAGUGACUCACGAGUAAUGGAGUCAGUAAAAGGAAUCACUUUAACCACUGCGGUGACUCACGCAGUCGUCACAAAUUCCCGUAUUCGUCCGUGUAUCCAGAUGCUCACCAAAUGGAAUGGGUUAUUCCAUUGACCCAAAUGGGUUAUUCUUUUGUCAAAAUUUGAUGCAUAUCACUUUUUGAUUUUUUUUUUUAUGUACAGCAGAUAUUUACUUUUUGCCAGGGUUACAUUCCGGGAUUCCAGUGGGAACAACUACCGUUUUUAAGGAUUUCAAUCCCGAAUCCUCAACAUCCACGGUACUCCUACUCCUCCUGUCUGUCCGAUUAUUUGCUUUUCA